AUGGUUGUACAUACAUGUAAUAGAUGUGGUCAUGAAUUUAAAAAAUUAGUUAAGUUACGUAUUCAUCUUAAACGAAAAAACCCCUGUCGACAACGAAAUUUACCAAAUCAAAAUACAGCUUCACUCCCUAAUUCAGAAAUAGAAUAUCUCGAUGCAUUGGGAUUAUUGCAAAACAAUGGAGCCUCGCCCUUAUUUGAUUCCUCAGAAAUUGGUGAAAGCAGUCAUUCAAAAGCUAACUCAUCUCCAGAGGCUGAAAGAGAAUAUCUCGAAGCAUUAGGAAUAUUAGAACCUAUUCCGCAAUUCCAUCAAACGGAUAUUAUUAGUUCAGGAUGUGAAUUAUUAGAUGAUCAUUAUCAA